AUGACAAACACCGCAGUACCAUUUCCAGCUUGUGAACAUCGAAAGUAUUCAUUUAGUAUCACUAACAGCGAAGAACUUCCAUCCAACGAUGAAACAACAAAUUCUACUCCGAAUUAUUCAUCAAUGAGUCCCGUACGUAGUACAGAAUCGAAUGAAAAUUCUUCCAUAUCAUCUUCAUUUUUUAAACCAAUAACAAAACAUAUUUUAUCAACUCGUACCGAUUUCAAAUCUUCUUCUUCCAUGCCUUCCAGUUCAGACUCAUCGCCAAAAAUGCGUAGUUCAACAACAAUUCCGUCCGAUUUAAAUCAUCUUCCAAAAUUGCAAAAACAAACAUCCACUGCAAUGACUCCGACACCGGAAACAAUCGAUGUAAAUUUUAAUUUUGAUGCGACAUAUUUACAAGUUCGCGAAUUAGCUCACAUAAAUUGUAAUUAUUUUUCUCAACAAAAAAAUGAUAUUUGUCGAAAAUUUGAACGCUUAUUAACGCAACUUUUACAUUCAUUAGAAUUAACUUUACCACUUAUUCGAUAUCUAAUAGACAAUUUUCAUCAUUUUGAUUAUAGUCCUGAAAUUCGUGCUAAUGGAUAUCGAACAUUAGUUGUAUCGCAUGGCCAUGCAUGUUUACGAACGUUAGAUAUACUUCGACAAGUUGAUGUAAAACGUGCUGGGAUUUUAUUUAAUCUCAUGCAUUCAUCAAAAUUAUUUCAAGAUCUUAACUCUUGGACAAAAGUUCUCACAAGCAUGCAGCAUAUGUUAUCGUUUGCUGUUAAAAUUCUAGGCGUCACCGAUAAAAAAAGUUUAUAUAUUGAUGUAACUCAAGUACCGAUGGAUAUCGAACUCGAUUAUUUUAAAAUAGUUGCUUUCGACUCGGAAAAUUUUUUUGGAAGUACAUGUGGAUUUCAAUUUGCUCAAUCUUUGGAAACCAUGAUUACUUUUAUAUUAGCUGGUCUAGCUGCUUAUCAUGAAACAUAUAAUCGAUCAAUACCUUUCGCAGCAGCUAGUCUCGCCACAGCACCAAAAUAUAUUCUAUUUCCUGAACAACGAGCAGCUAAGUGCGGUGCUAUAUUUCGUGAUUGUGAUUAUUUAUUUUGUAAAUCGUUUUGGAAUCUUGUCGAGCAUGAUUUCAUUAAACGAGGUUCACGUUAUAUUGCUCCUAAUGUAACGGUAUCGAAAUAUUUUCGAAUUGGGCCUCAACCUAUUGUUAUCGAUUCAAUUAUUAUUCCACCGCCAACUGCUAGUGCUGACGUUGAUGAACCAAAUGAACCCCCGGCUGGUAAUAUCGGAUCUGGAUCUGAUAGUCCAACAAGUUCGGGUACUAUGCAAUCAAAGCAAUUUGUCAAUAUUAAACUUUUAUCGCAUGAAAUGCGAGAAGGAAUGGAUAAAUUGCCUUUGAAAAAAUCUGACUUUGAAACGUCAUCAAAAAAAAUAUUGCCAAUGAGUGAUCAACUUCUGAUGCAUAUUCAUGGUGGUGGUUUUAUUGCUACGUCAUCAACAACUCAUGAAGUUUAUCUAAAGCCAUGGGCAUUAGGUUUGGAAAUACCUAUUGUAUCUGUUGAUUAUUCGCUUGCACCUGAAUAUCCAUUUCCUCGUGCUAUUGAAGAAUGUUUUUAUGCAUACGCAUGGAUUUUAAAGAAUGCCAGUAAACUUGGUUGGACAGGCAAGACACUUUUAUUAGUGGGUGACAGCGCUGGUGGCAAUCUAAUAACUGUAGUGACAAUAAAAGCCAUCGAAGCUGGUUUAAGAAAACCCGAUGGAAUUAUUUGUUUUUAUACGCCAUUUCUCCUUCGCUACAGUAUAUCACCAUCUCGAUUAAUGGCUGUUAUGGAUCCACUGUUAAAUACCGGUUUUCUUUGGCGUUGUCUUGCUGCCUAUACUGGUAUUAAAUCCGAUGAUCAACUUGUUUCACCAACUGUUUCUGGUAACAGUACACCGGAAAAACAACGAAAAAUUGACUCUACAAGAGCAUCACCCAAUCAAAUAGUAUCCGAAGAAGAAGACAUACCGGAACCUACUAAACUUGAAGUGAAAGACAUUUAUCAUGCUCGACUAGCUGAGAUCAUGGGUUCACGUCAAGCUUAUUUUCUUCGAAAAUUACGUGAAUCACCGUUACCAAGUCAUCCUCAUAUGUCACCGUUGUGCGCUUCAGAUGAUAUCUUACGGCAAUUUCCGACAACGCAUCUUGUACCAUGUGCACGUGAUCCAUUUAUUGACGAUAAUGUUGAAUUUGCACGGAGGUUACGUACUCUUAAUGUGCCCCAUCAUUUAGUUGUCGUCGAUGAAUGGCCACACGGUUAUCUUGAUUAUGGUUUCGCAGCAAACGAUCUUGAGCAGUAUAAUACUGGAAUAAUGAUUAUGCUUCAGAAUAUUGUCCAACAAUCAAACCGAUGA